AUGGUUUAUCUGGAUUCUCUUUUUCAAGGAAUAGGGGCAAAAAGGGCAUUCCAACGCGUUGGCAAUUUCAUUGCAUGUGCCAUGAAAUUACAAGGACAAAAGUAUAGUAUUGACGAGUGGGAUUUUUUUGCAAUUCCAGCGAACGACAUUGAACAACAGCUGAACUCAGUCGAUUGUGGCGUGUUUGUGGUAAAAUGGGCACAGCAUAUUGCUGAAGGUAGGAUGAUUGAUUUUAAGCAACGACAUAUAAAUGACUUCCGUUACUCGUUAAUACUGGACAUAGCAGCAAACAAGCUUUCGUGUUUAUCGAUUCCAUUUGCCAGCAGCGAAGGCAGCAACAGGUGCAAACAAACAUCGGACAUUGGUGCGGAUUCUCUCACAUCAUCACCGUCUGAAAACGGCAAUGCAAAUGCAAUCCUUCAAGAUCAUUGCUACUCACUUGCUAUGCAGGAUAAUAUACCUGAAGAAACUAAUGCUGAUGUAUUACCCCAGCAUGUACAGUGCAUACUUCCACCAACAGCUGUUUAUAAAUACUUGGAAUAUGAAGAACUUCCGGACAACGAUACUACGGAAUCUAAGAAAUAUAGAGUUAAAUUUAACAUUAAAAAUGUGUCAACACCAAAGGAAAUCGAAACAUGGGUUUCUGAAUUUGCAGCAUCGUCAAACAUUAAAUACAAUUCUCAAGGUGGCUAUAAGAGAAAAGGUGUCAGAGUUUCAUUUGCCCAGUGGUAUAUUUGCGAGUGUAAAAGAAAGGAACUGAGCAGGAACCAAAAAGAAGCGAAAGCCGAAGCUAUGAAACGUAGGCAGGAGCGUCACGACACUCAUGCUGCUAAUGUCGAGGUCAUUGACAAGAUCCAUUUACUAUCCAACAUCCGCGAUAAAAAAACAGAUUGUGAGAGUAAAAUGGUAAUAAAAGUGCAUACUAAAGCAGUGGAAGGAAUUGUCUGUAAUGUGGAAUUAUGGUGGAAUCACAACCACAGCGUGGACUGUCAUCACCUUACCAGCUUUAGCCAAAUCUUACCUGCAACGAGACACAAAUUUCUAACUUAUUUUGAGCAGGGCAUGUCUGCGUCGGAGUCGUUCCAUUAUCACGAAACAAAGUUAAUGAAAGAUACUGUUACCGUUCUUCUCUUAGCUGAUAGAAAGUACUGCCCAUCCUUGAGAGACGUUAAUAAUCUCUAUGAGAAGUGGAGAAAAACAACAAAGGGACCAUGUAAUGGAUCUGAAAUGUUUGACUAUCUGCAAGAGUAUAUUACAACAUAUAAUAAAGACAAAAUGAAUGAUGGUGGCAAAAUCUUUCUACAAAGAUAUAACAACGAAGUAAAGCAGGAGAAACCAUUGAUCAUUUCCAUAUGUACUCCAAUGAUGUCACGUGUACACAAGUUACGGCAGGCUGGUGAAAUGGCUUUCAUGGAUGCAUCUGGGAGUCUUGAUCGACACAAUAACCCAGUUUAUUUUAUGUGUACUCAUCAUCCAUCUGGUGCCCUUCCUUUAGCAGUGUGGAUAACUUCCAGCCAGUCAGAAUCCACUUUGAAUAGUUGCUUACAGAACGUUGUAUCAGUGCUACCGCAACAUGCAUUUGGUGGAAAGGGGGCAGCAUCUGGUCCUUCAAUUUUUCUCACCGAUGACGACAGUGCUCAGAGAAAUGCUUUGCGUGCAUACUGGCGUUCAUCCAUUCUUCUUCUAUGUAUAUUUCACUUCCUUCAAGCUGUUUGGAGAUGGCUUUUGGAUAGCACCAAUGCCAUUAAUAAACAUGAUCGGCAGCACUUAAUGUCCCUUUGCCAAGGACUGGUAUUCGCGGACACAGAAGAAAAAUUUCAUGUCAAUGAAACCCAGAUGCAGACAGACAAAACGGUGUUAAAGUAUCGUAAUUUCUAUGACUACAUUAAAAAUGCGUUAGAAAGAAAAGAACAAUGGGCACUUUGUUUUAGAAAAGGACUUCUGACAAGAGGAAAUAACACAGACAACUUUACGGAAUCUAUGAUUUUCGUUUUUAAAUGUGUCAUCUUAAAGCGUAUCAGAGCGUAUAACUUGUUAGAAUUAGUGAAAUUCAUAACUGAGGAUUUGGAGAUGUAUUUCCAAAGGAAACUGUUAGCUCUUGCGUUCGGUAAGCCACAAAAUCUUCAUGUUACUGCGCGAUGCUUUGGAAGAAAUGCGAGUACAGUGCCAGUUGACAACAUCACCAGGGACAUCGAAAAUCCUUUUCAUUUUAAUGUUACAAGCAGAAAGAACAAGGACCUCACUUACCAAGUUGACACCAGUUUAGGGAUUUGCACCUGUCCACAUGGAGAAAAUGGCUCAGGUUGUGCACAUCAAGCUGCGGUUGCCUUAAAGUACGGAGGUGGUAACAUCAACUUUAUUCCACGAUCCGCUCAAGAUCGAUACGCGCUUGCUGUUUUAGCAAUAGGAGAUAAUCCCCAACUCAAAGUAAGACAGUUUGUUCAGCUGCAUGAAAAAUCUGAAAGCGUUAUGAAUGUGAAGAAAGAUGUAAAUGGAAUUGAAACGGUGCCUCAGCAAAACAAGGAAAAGGAUGUAAAGGAAGACGAGCAACGUUGGCAUGACACCGUCCUAGGCCAUACAGAAGACGAACCUGUAGCCCUCAAGGAAAUUCUUAAACUGCAUCAGGAAGUUGCAGCCGACAUCGAGUUAAAAAUAAGAAACGAAGAUGAUAACUUUAAGAAAUGUUAUUACAAUUUCCUAAGGACGUACCGAAAAAUAGUAACAAAAUGCCGUGGCCACUCCCCCGUAGCAUCGCUUGCAAAUGCAUUUGUACAUUUCGGAAAGCAACAAAGCAGCAAUCUUAUUCCAGUCUUGCACAACGGGUCAAGAAUACGUGUUCAGCCAACAUCAAUCUCUCGAAGAAAAUCUGGUGUGAAGUCAUCUUCUGCUCAACCUUCAGGUCCUAAACCAAGGCUGCAGACAGGGAUGAAAAGAAAGUGGCAAGCAGAUGAUAAGGAAAAAAUGAACAUAAGGAAAUUAGCCAAAAAGAAACGCCAACGUAACUUGAGUAUGAAUGUAAAGAAAAACCUUGCAAAUGCUGGACCAAAACGAUAA